GGCUGAACCUCAUAUGCUGAACCAUGCUGUCAGUGAUCACCCUAUCCUGCUUUUUGCUUCUUUACACUGUGGGUCUGCAAGCCCUAACAAUAACCUACAAUCCUGAGGAGACGUGUGCCGUCAAAGGAUCCACCAUUGUGCUUACAUGCUCUUACCCUCCAACGCGUCAGUAUUUUCGAAGAGGUCAUUGGUACAGACAUGAUUCCAGGACCAGUGCUUCGGAUGCAGGCCGCUUUGUAUUAUCAUCUGCCUCCAAAGACUGUAUCCUGAAAUUGGACGGCCUUACCUCUAGUCACUUUUAUGAACACAGAGUCGAGACGUCCUACUAUCCAAUGAGCAUGAGCACAAAUGUUGAAACAGGACCUGGAAGAGCUAAUCUCACCGUAGUGGAUACUCUCCGCAAAGACUGCUGGGGGGUGUCCUAUGGGUCUGUGACCGACAUCUGCCUCCUGGAGGGCUCGACUCUGGACAUCCCCUGUUCCUACGGCUUCCCCAGAGGCCACACAGUCGCCACAGCUUUCUGGUACAGAAGAGAGAAGAAGAAGGAUCCCACAGAUCUGCGCGAUAUUGAGCAGUACAAAGGCAGGGUUGAGUAUCUUGGUGCUGAUGACAUCCAUAACUGCACUGUCCGGAUCAGAGACCUUGGACUGAAUGACUCUUGGCAGUAUCACUUCAGAUACACCACCGACAAACCAGGAGGAGCCUUCUCUGGUGGACCAGUCAACAUCUUGGUCACAGAUCUGCAGGUUUCAAUGAGCUCUGACACAGUGACCGAGGGAGACAACGUCACCAUGUCUUGCAGCACCAGAUGCAAACUGAAGGGCAACACGACCUUCAUCUGGUACAAGGACAACAUGACACCUAUCAAGACCUCCUCCAGACAUCCAUCCACCUCCAGCAGCCUGCACCUUGACCCAGUCAGCAGUGAGGAUGCAGGUCAGUACUACUGUGCCAUCGAGGGGCAAGAGGAUGUGACGUCAUCUGCAGCUACUCUUCAUAAUGAGAACAACAUGGUGACUCUGACCUGCAUCAGUGAUGCCAACCCUCCAGUGCACACCUACACCUGGUACAGAAAGGAUGGUGGUAACAUCACGUUACUGGGUGUGGGUCAGACUCAUGUGGUCGUCAGCAACAGCUCUGAGAUCAGUGGAUUCUACUACUGUGUGGCACAAAAUGACAUUGGUUGGAAGAUCUCUGAGCUUUUAUCAUUGCCCACCUCAGGUAAGGCCAGUUGA